CUUACCAUGACUGAACUUGCUGCUGUUAGUGAUAUUCGAAUGAUUGUGAAUGAAGGCGUCAUCGUUCCUAUCACUGUAAAUGUGUGUUCAGAAGAGCAGACUGAUGACUCAGAAGUUUCUAUCUGGUGUUGGGUUAAUCAUCCAUUAUCAAUUAUUUCACUGAUUGGUACUAGAAGACAAUUCUUAGACGCCGAUCGAAACUUCUUUAGACAACCCUGUCAUGAAGGGCGUGUCAUUCGGUGCGAGGGAUAUGUUAUUUACAUGAUUUUACAUGCUUUGUCUAUUCCUGAUGCAGAAUCUUGUUUUUAUUUGCGCUUGAUAAAUAUCCAGAUUCGACGGGGAGUCACAAGAAUUAAUGAAGGUUUCAGGCACUUUUUGCAGUUUAGUGAGUUUCCGAUUGUCAAUACUCGUGCAAGAAGUAACGACGGUUUUCAAAAAACUAAUUCCAGAUUACAGACUAGUCGUUCUGUUGUCGAUCCUUUGCCAGAAAAAAUUGAAUCAGAAGAAGUAGCCGAUAAAGAAAAUGAUGAAGAAACCGAUGAAGAAACCUAUAAAGAAACCAAUGAAGAUACCUAUGAAGAUACCUAUGAAGAUACCUAUGAAGAUACCUAUGAAGAUACCGAAGGUGAAGCUAAUGUUCAAAGGACGCCUCACACUCUGAGAUUUUCAAUAUCAAGGAAUCGUGAUCUACAGCACCUAGAUUUCAUGGUAGAAAACUAG